AGUGUUUACGGAAUGAGCUGAAUUAGACGGAAAAAAAACGAGCGCCAUAAUCUUUCUACGCAUACUCAAACUCCGUCAAAUAAUCUUUCAAGUAAUUUCCUCGAUCGGACCGACAAUUCGUUUGACCCUCAGAAAACUAUACUUAUACAUAUUUCGAGCUUGUGAUGACGCUUCCCGAAUUCGUCGUCAAACAAUUUAGCCUAGAAUGACAAGGCAUAUCAGGAUUGUAAAAUUUCCACUCGGCACGCGACGCGUGGUACUGGAGAGGCUUCGCAUUUCGCGCAUCACAGUAACAUCACGAUUUCCGACGGUUGUCUGCGAGUGUCGCCUGAUAUAGUGGAAAAAUUGCUGAGCAAUCAGCCCGGCGGAUACAACACUUUGACAGACGUCAUGGACGGCAGAGAGCAGCAGGAAAAGGUGAAGAAUCCGCGGGCGAAGGCCAACUGUCUCAGCGCUCUUACUUUUUCAUGGAUCCUGGGCACCUUCUGGCUCGGCUAUAAGCGUGACCUCGAGGUCGAAGAUCUAUACACUCCGCUGAAGGAGCAUACGAGUGGCCUCCUCGGGGAGAAGAUAACGAAGACAUGGGAGAACGAGAUUCAGAGACUGACCGCCAAGCGGGAUUCGAAGAAGAGCAAGGCCAAGGGCCCGAAAGAAGACGAAGACGAAGAUGAGCCGGUGCAUCCGAGUCUACUGCGGGUGCUAAUAAAGGUCUUCGGCGCCGAGACCCUGUUCUACGGCGUCGUCCUAGCUGUCCUCGAGAUAACGAUGAGGGUUGUCCAGCCAUUGUUUCUCGGACGCUUGCUGCGAUACUUCAGCACGACAGACGGCAGCGACGUGUCGACGCUUGAAGCUUACCUCUAUGGUUUAGGGGUCGUGGUUUGUUCGGGGGCGAACAUAUUCAUCCUUCAUCCGUAUAUGAUGGCGAUAUUGCACAUGGGAAUGAAAAUCCGGGUCGCUUGUUGCACCCUGAUAUACAGGAAAGCGCUGAGACUGUCGAAAACCGCCCUGGGUGAGACGACAAUUGGUCAGGCUGUGAAUCUGCUUUCUAACGAUGUAAACAGAUUUGACGUCGCGAUUGUAUUCUUGAACUACAUAUGGAUCGCACCCCUAGAGACGAUCAUCAUCAGCUACUUCAUGUGGGCCGAAGUCGGAGUAUCCGCGAUCAUCGGCGUGGCGACGCUUCUCAUGUUCAUACCCCUCCAAGGAUAUUUGGCAAAGCGAUCAUCCGUCCUGAGGUUGCGAACGGCGCUAAAAACUGAUGAGAGAGUAAGGCUCACGAACGAAAUAAUAUCCGGAAUUCAAGCGAUAAAGAUGUACACAUGGGAGAAACCAUUUGGGGACUUAAUCCAGAAGGCUAGAAAACGAGAGAUAAAGGAAAUAAGGCUCAUGUCGUACAUCAGGGGUAUAACGAUGUCCUUCAUAAUUUUCAACACGAGACUAAGCCUCUUCAUAACCAUAGUCGCCUAUAUUUUAAUGGAGAAUAAUAUCACUGCGGAAAAGGUGUUCAUGCUGACAGCCUACUACAAUAUCUUACGGCAAACUAUGACCGUGUAUUUUCCUCAAGGAGUUACGCAAACCGCCGAAGUCAUGGUUUCCGUCAAACGUCUCCAGACUUUCAUGAGAUACGAUGAGGCGGUUGUAGUCAAGAAUCCCCAAUCCACGGACAAAUCUGAUGAGCAUGGCCAGGGGUCCAUCAAAAUAGACAACGUAUCAGCGAAGUGGGUGGAGAACUCGUCGGAAAAUACUCUUGUCAAUUUGAAUAUAAAUGUGAAGCCCGGUCAGCUGGUUGCCAUCGUCGGACAAGUGGGAUCCGGCAAAACUAGCCUCCUCCACACGAUUUUGCGCGAGUUGCCACUUUCUUCCGGUACCGUUAAGGUUAACGGCAGCGUAGCCUACGCCAGUCAGGAGCCUUGGCUCUUUGGUGGUUCGGUCAGACAGAAUAUACUUUUCGGGCGCAAAAUGGAUCCGCGACGAUACGACAAAGUGGUCAAGGUGUGCCAGCUCAAGCGGGACUUUACCCUCUUCCCCUACGGCGACAAAACAGUUGUUGGCGAGAGGGGGGUCAGUUUAUCCGGUGGUCAACGCGCGCGAAUAAACCUGGCAAGAGCAGUUUACGCGAACGUAGACAUAUACCUGAUGGACGAUCCGUUGAGUGCUGUUGACGCUCACGUCGGCAAGCACAUGUUCGACGAGUGCGUGGAUGGAUACUUGAAAGAAAAAACUCGCAUUAUCGUCACUCACCAGCUGCAGUAUCUCAAACACGUCGAUCAGAUAAUUGUGUUGAAAGAUGGAGCCAUAUGGGGACAAGGAACAUACCAAGAGCUUCAAAAAUUAGGAUUGGACUUCGGCCAGGUACUCGAGCCGCCUGAGGAAAAUAAACCCGAACAACGACCGCUGAGUCGAUUGAUUUCGCGGCACUCCAGCAUCUCCUCGGUAGAUUCGAUCGGUAUGGGGGACAUGAUAGAGCAGGAGGCGCCCCUGGAGGAGGCAGAGGUACGCAGUUCUGGUACAGUUGACGGGAAGGUGUAUGCGGCCUACCUCAAUUCCGCUGGCAACUGGUGCGCCAUAUCGGCAAUACUAUUCCUCUUCUCCCUCAGUCAGGUUUUCGCGAGCGGUGGUGACUACUUCCUUUCCACGUGGGUUAACCUGGAAGAAGCAAAUGCAGGGCUCAUGGACUGGGAUAGCUGGCUGAGCCGCGACAUCUGCAUAUACAUAUACACCUUUCUGGUCAUCGGGACGAUCGUAUUAACUCUUCUCCGGUCAUUCUCUUUCUACGGUAUGGCGAUGCGGGCCUCGAAGCGCCUUCACGAUAGGAUGUUCCGUGGCAUAAGUCGUGCUACGAUGCGAUUCUUCAAUAUGAACUCAUCCGGUCGGAUACUGAACCGUUUCUCGAAAGACAUGGGAGCGGUCGAUGAACUCCUGCCCACGGCCAUGAUCGACUGUGUGCAGAUCGGAUUGGGGCUGAUCGGCGUCAUUGUUGUCGUCGCAAUAGCCAAUCCUUGGCUGAUGAUACCCACCGUCGUUAUUGGGUUCAUAUUUUACCUAUUCCGCAUAAUCUACAUGUCCACGAGCCGCAGUGUGAAACGACUAGAGGGUGUCACUCGGUCCCCGGUCUUCGCUCACCUAAACGCGACGCUCCAGGGACUGACGACGAUCCGGGCGUUUCAAGCCGGCGAAACACUCACGGCGGAGUUCGACCACCACCAGGACCUCCACUCCUCUGCCUGGUUCAUAUUUAUAGCUUCGGCUCGUGCCUUCGGCUUCUGGCUGGAUAUCGUCUGCGUAAUAUACAUAGCUUUGGUCGUCUUCAGCUUCCUCGUGUUACCAGAUAUGCAGGGUUCGGCGGGCGGUAGCGUCGGCCUGGCCAUUACCCAGAGCAUCGGUCUCACGGGAAUGUUCCAGUGGGGCAUGCGGCAGAGCGCCGAGCUCGAAAAUCAGAUGACAUCCGUCGAGCGUAUCUGCGAGUACAGCGUCGUCGACCAGGAACCGCCGUUGGAGAGCACACCGGAAAACAAGCCUGACCCAAAGUGGCCCGCCCACGGGAAGGUCGAGUUCAAGAAGCUCUCGAUGCGGUAUGGGCCUGAGGAGCCGGAUGUACUGAAGGACCUGGAUUUCGUCGUCUUGUCGCGGGAGAAAAUCGGUAUCGUGGGCAGGACGGGCGCAGGAAAGUCCUCCUUGGUUUCGGCGCUCUUUCGAUUGGCUUAUAUAGACGGCGACAUAGUAAUAGACAGCGUUGAGAGCAGUAAGCUCGGCCUGCACGACCUUCGAUCGAAGAUAAGCAUCAUCCCUCAAGAGCCGUUCCUCUUCUCCGGGUCUCUGAGGCGAAACUUGGAUCCUUUCGACGAAUAUCCGGAUAGCGCGUUGUGGCAAGCGCUCGAGGAAGUCGAGCUCAAGGAGAUGGGUCUCGAAUCCAAUAUCGCGGAGGGCGGCUCGAAUCUCAGCGUUGGUCAGCGGCAAUUGGUGUGCCUGGCGAGAGCAAUCAUUCGCAACAACCCCGUACUGAUACUCGAUGAAGCGACGGCCAACGUUGAUCCUCGUACCGACGAGCUUAUCCAAAAGACGAUUCGCAUCAAGUUCGCCAAUUGUACAGUACUCACAAUCGCUCAUCGCCUGAACACGGUAAUGGACAGUAACAAAGUUUUGGUCAUGGACGCUGGAUUUGUUGUGGAAUACGAUCAUCCGCACGUGCUGCUGCAAAAGGAGAACGGAUACCUCCGCAGCAUGGUGGAUCAGACGGGUAAAUCGAUGGCGGACACGCUGACCGUGAUCGCCCAGAAAAACUACGAUUCAUCAUUCGCGUAGUCCAGGAUUACAAUUAGAUACUAUACAUGAUCACUGUUUAAAUAAAUUUCCGACAUAUGUUAUUGUUAACUGUGCUACGCUACGUUCGAGAUACAUUUCCGAGUAUUGGACUAAAGCAAGUUUACUCUGAUCCGUAGAAAAUGUUUUGUAUUAUUGGGCCACAGAUUAGUAAUUGUAUGCGGAUGGCCCCUAUCGUCAGCAGUGCACGGGAGGGAGGAAAAGAAAGUGACAGUUAUUUACCCAACUGAGAUUUUACAAGUCAGGAUAAUAAGUUCAAUUUUUACUGUACAUAUCUAUACAUAUAUGUGUAUAUAUAGCAUGUAUAAUAGAGUGCUUCGUUUAAGACGACUAUUUUUUUUUCCACUCCAUAGACGAAAUAUCACUCUAAAUAUAUAAAAAAAAAAAUUCCCACCAAAGCCUAGCUCUUAAUUUUAAUUUUAAGUACUCGCUAAAUGAAUUUGAAAUUUUCCCAUUUAAUUAACACGUAGAAAUAAUUUUUUUUUUGUCAAUUAUCUAUAGCAUUGCGAGUUUUCAUACUAUUUAAUUGACCAUGGCCGGAAGUUUUAGAGGGAUCCUUCCUCUUUAAAAGUUCCUAGAGCUAAUUUAGAAUUUAUGAAGUAUCUCGCCAGUAAAAAAUUGUAAAGUUGAUUUUUGCUAAAAAAUUAUGGUUUUUUUCAUUUUUCUCCUAAACUACUAACUUUACAGCAAAAUUAUAGAGAACCUUUUUUGUAGAGAAUUUAAUUUCCUACAAAAAAAUUUCAUCAGCUGAAACUGUAGAACUGAUAGUUUCCAAUAUAAAAUUAAAUAAUCAUAAGAAAACUAUAAAUAUCACUAUUUUAUCCGCAUAUUUGACAAUUUUUAUACCCAAAUUGUUAUAAAUGUAAUAAAAUAGACGUGAUUGUAAUGUAUCUUAAUCUUCAAAUGUCUUCGCUCGACGAUUCUGAGGUCUUCGCCAAUUACUGCUACUCUCAACCAGAGAACAUAGGUUUGUCCUCCAACUGUUUUAUUGACCACUUUUUUGUAUUAUUUACAUUAACAUUUAAUGAUUUUAAUAUUCUCGAUAAGAUUUUUCCAAUCUAGCUAUUUAUUGUGAUUAAUCAAUUAAAAAAAAAAAGUGAGGCAUCGGGGAAUCGAACUCAAAACUUUCAAUUCUUCCAUGUACAUCGUAUAAAACUCUAAAACUUGCGGCCAUGGUCAAUUAAAUAGUAUGAAAACUCGCAAUGCUAUAGAUAAUUGACAAAAAAAAAUUAUUUCUACGUGUUAAUUAAAUGGGAAAAUUUCAAAUUCAUUUAGCAAGUACUUAAAAUUAAAAUUAAGAGCUAGGCUUUGGUGGGAAUUUUUUUUUAUAUGUUCAGAGUGAUAUUUCGUCUAUGGAGUGAAAAAAAGUAGUCGUAUCAAACGAAGCACCCUAAUGUAUAAUACAGUGUGCAUUCGUGCAUAUUUGCCCUUGCACACGCGUAGCGCAUGUAAUUUACAUAAUAAUUAAUAUAUGGUGCUACAGACGGACGGAAUACGAUAAACUCCAUCCGACUUAAGUACACGAUUUUGUAAUUAAUUAGGUAGAAAAAUAGAACAAAUUAUUUGUAUCAAUAAAGGCUACAAACACUGCGCAUAUCAUCAAGCCACGUGUGAUUAACUCUCGAAUCCUGCACGUUGGAGGCACGUAUCACGUCAACUGCGAGACAUUCGAGCUUGUGAAUACUGAUCGUUGAAUCGGGUUUGAGAGAAACGCUAGUAGUUUCAGAAAAUGCUUUCAUAUUGUUCAAUGAUAUCCUAGUUUGAUAAUAAUACAAUCGUACUUGCAUUCUCUUCUUUUGAACCGUCUUCUAUACAUACACACAUACAUACCUAUACGCACAUACUUGUACCUCGACUUACACCAUCACUUCGGACAAACUACUAAAACUACACUCGCGUUUUUUGUCUAUAACAUAUAUUUCUGUUUUUUUCAAGAUGUACUUUACUUGCAAAUAUUUGUCAUAAAAUAUGCGCGUUAUACAUGCUGAGCAAAUUUUUUAUCAGUCAAAACACGCUGUUACAUAUUACAAUUUAUAAUACUGAUGGUAAAGAGACUACCACAUGCGACGAUACAUAAGUAUACGAUAUAUCUGAGAUUCGAGUACGCUACUGUGAUAUUUAUUGUCUUAACUGUCGGAUAGAAUAGAUCUUUAAUCUGAGGUUCGUUUCCGAUAGUUCAAUGGUCGACGACGCUUGAUUAAUAGAUAAAAAAUAUGCCUCAAAAGAGAUUAAUUUUAGCAUAAAAAUUAAACUUCUAGUUCGAGUCCCCAAGGAUUAGUUUGAGAAUAAAAGAUGAACUUGUUGCUAUUCGACAGUGGCUGUAAAAAAUUUUCUCAUAUCAAAGAUUCACUCAUCCACAGAGUAGCGCAUAAUCUGUCCUACGAUAUAUAUUUAUACAUAUCACGGUCGAUGUGACGCUUGUAUUAUAAUAUAAAUAAUAAAAACUAAAUAAAUACACAGAAAACCAUACGCUAUGGGUUUCGGUAUAGUAUGUACACACACAGUAAACAAAUUACGUAGGUUUUUACCGAAAAUUAGGAAGAAAAAUCUAGACUGAAAGCAGUUGUUUCGCGAUGCUUUUCAUCACCAUGAAACGGGAAGAGUCCGUUAAUCUAUCUGACAAACUUCCACGAUCAUCUGGAAAACGGCCAGGUGAAAAAUCUGAAACUGAUAGAACUUGGCAGUCAAAUGAAAAA